ACCAAAACCAUUCUCAUCAAAAACAACAGUCUCAAACCUUUCAAAGAGCAGUAUAUCUAUUUUCUUUUUCUGAUAUAAUAAACAAUAAUGGCCCUCCUCAAACACCUUCUCUUCUCCUUCCCCAUUUUCAUCAUUUCUUUUGUUUUUUGUUAUGGCAGCUUGCAAGAGGACCCACUCACCAAUAUAUAUGUUCAUCAUUCACCUUCCAUUGAUGAUGGUGAGACAUUAUUGAAGAACUUCAACAAGCAAAGCACAAAUGUUUUGAGCUUCAACACGUUUGAGAAGCGUAGCUCCCUUAAAAAGGUUAAUGUCAAUGAUUAUGGAGCUAAGGCGAAUGGUGAUAGUGAUGACUCAGAGGCUUUCAAGAAGGCUUGGGAUGAGGUAUGUACUUCUGGAGAAGCAAUUCUUGUGGUGCCUGAGGACAAUUAUCUGCUCAAACCAAUAAGAUUCUCUGGUCCUUGCGAACCUAACAUUGAAGUUCAGAUUUCUGGAAUCCUUGAAGCAUCAGAUGAUCCAUCAGAUUACGAGGAAGACAGCAAACACUGGCUUGUGUUUGACAAAAUUGAUAACCUGUUUGUUUAUGGUGGUGGAACCCUCGAUGGAAACGGCAGAAUAUGGUGGAAAAACUCAUGCAAAAAGAACAAAAAGCGAUCUUGCAAGGAUGCUCCAACAGCUCUGACUUUCGAUCGUUGUGAGAACUUGACAGUUGAGAACUUGAACAUAAAAAAUGCUCAACAAAUCCACGUUUCAUUCCAAGACUCCGAGAACGUUAAGGUUUCUGGCCUUAGCGUGAUUGCACCAGAGGAUAGCCCCAACACCGACGGGAUUCAUGUUACGAAAACACAAAACAUCCAAAUCUCAGAUUCUGUCAUAGGAACUGGUGAUGAUUGUAUAUCUAUUGUACAUGGAUCUAAAAAUGUAGAAGCUACAAACAUUACAUGUGGACCGGGCCAUGGUAUCAGUAUUGGAAGCUUAGGAGCAGGAAAAUCCAAGGACAUUGUUUCAGGCAUAAAAGUGAACGGAGCCAAGAUUUUUGGAACUAAAAAUGGAGUUAGAAUCAAGACAUGGCAGGGAGGUUCAGGAAGUGCUAGUGACAUAAAGUUUCAGAACAUAGAGAUGACCAAUGUGACCAACCCCAUAAUAAUAGAUCAGAAUUACUGUGACAAGAAAAAAAGACCUUGCCAAAAAGCGGGUUCGGAGAAAUCCGCUAUAGAAAUCAAGAAUGUGGUGUACGAGAACAUAAGUGGUACAAGUGCUUCUGAAGUAGCUGUGGAUUUUGACUGCAGUGAGAAAUUUUUGUGCAAGAAGGUAACGUUGCAGAACAUAGACCUUGCAUGUGAAGGAGGAGAUGAUGCUGAGGCUCGGUGUAACAAUGUUAAGUUAUCUUACAUUGGACACGUUAAGCCUCGUUGCACUUCACAAAAGAAAAAGACCUCUUCUGUUUUUACUUCCAUGGGGAAAUACUUCUCAUGGUUUAUAUGAAUCAUACAACAAGUACAUAGAUAAAUAAAUAAAUAAAAGUAUUUAAUUUUUGGAUUGUACAGUUGGAAGUUAUUUUUAACCUCUGAAUUAUACAAUCUGAAAAUUCACUUUUAUGAAUAAAAAUGACUUUUGAAUUAUAUAAUUCAAAAAGAAAAAAAAAAAUAGAAAUUUGUUUUACAUAGGUACAAAGAAAAGUUUACAGAGGUGUAGAAAGAAUCUGUCUUAGGCCCAUUUUACAAUUCAGUUUGACAAAAUCAAACCCAAAUUAUUUAUGGCUUCAUCUCUAAUAACUACAAAAUUGUCUUGCGCUACUGUAAAUAUCAA